UAUAUAUAGAUAGAUAUAGAUAGAUAUAGAUAGAUAUAGAUAUAGAUAUAGAUAUAUAUACACACACUUGCACACUUGCCUCUUCUCACUCAAAAAUGUAUCCUUGAUUACUUUCUAGUAUAUUUUUGAGGACAACUGAAUAUGCAAUAGAAACGGCAGAUUAUCUGUCACCAUCACAUAACCAGAUGUGGUAGCGUCCUCUUUUUUUUUUCCUCCAGUCUUUUUACAGUAUAAGCUAUUUGCAUACACGAGACUUUCAUUCAGCAUAUCUCUGCAGGACAGAUUUUCAGGAAAAGAUACACUUAGUCAGUAAUCGGUCUGCACAGACUGCACACAAAAAGCCUAUUUUAUGUUUGACUACAAGGUGACCAAAGCAAGCACGGACAAAUUCAACAUGUGUGUGUGUGUGUGUGUGUGUGUGUGUGUGUGAACGGAGUCGCUCCUGGAAGACAAAUGUACAGUUCUUUGUUUUGAAUUUAGACACACUUUUUUUUUUUUUUUUUUUUUUUUUUACUCUUUACUCUAGGGUGACGGCUUUGGUCAAAUUGUUUAAUACUGUGAAUAGGAUAGGAGUCGGGUCUUUUUCACACACAAACUGUUUGUGAAAGUAAUCAACCAGCUUGGAUCUAAAAAAGAUUUGCACUACCUAAAUAUUGUUUGAAAAUCUAUUUUGUAUAAAGCAUAUGCAGACAUUAACUUUUCAGAAUUAUCAAGGGCAGAUCAUGUUUAACUGGUAUAUGCUUUCUCUAAAAAAAAUAAAGUUUUACUUAAAAAUAAUUUGAAUAUGUAUAUAUAUAAUCCAUUGUAAAGAAAAUGUGUUGUAUUUGUCUCCAAAUAAUAGUUUUUCUAUACCUAGACCUCUGUAUUAUUUCUCCUCUGUAGUGUGAUUCCUCCGUUGAUUAAAAGUCAAACUGUAUGUCUUUGUGUGGUACUUCUCCAAAACAAGGAGCUGUAUGCUGAUGUUUGCCAUGAUCCAUGACACUGAACUAUGGAAACGGUAAGCUCGUUGUGUGACACUUUUCGUUAUAACAAAUAAAUGUGCUCUUCCAUUCCGACACCUGGUUCAUUGACUGCUGAAGAAGAGUUUACUUCUAUUCUCCAUCUUUAUGUUCAGUGUGUUGAAGCACAUGUAAACAUCUGGCAUCAGUCCCAUCCCCACGAGAGAGGUCCGUGCAGGUACUGUACUUGUGUGCAAAUGUGAGUUACUUGUACUCCAAGAGUAUUUCAUUUUAUGCUACCGUACACUUCUACUCCACUACAUCUUAGAGUCAAAUGUACUUCUUACACACCUUCAUUUGUCUGACAAAUUUGGUUAAAGAUAUUUUUAUGUCAGUUUAGAAAAUAUGCAUUGUUAUAGAUAAAACUACCCAGCUGUAUAUACAGUAUAACAAGUAUAAAGUAUGGUUGUCUGUAAUGGUCAGUGAUGACACCUCGUCCCAUGGAGGUUGAGGCCAAGAGUCGGGGACGCGCAUCCAGCUGCCUCUGUGAUCACUGCGCUCGUUCACGAGCAUGUAAACACCUGACUACCACUGCAGGGGACCGAGCCGCUGACUUUUCCUCAUAACACAAAGAAAAAAAAAAAAAAGCCUCCCUGUUGAUUACACAGCAGUGUGUCCUCUGAGCGGGAUGACGGAUGAGGAGGUGUUUGCAUCAGAGGACCAGACGGUGGACAGCGGCCCGCUGGGGGACUUCAGGCGGAGGACUCGUCUGUACUGCAUGAAUGGCGGAUAUCACCUCCAGAUCCUCCCCGAUGGGACGGUGCAGGGCCAGAGGGAUGACGGGGACGUUCACGCUGUGUUGAAGCUCACAGCUGUGGACAGAGGUGUGGUGGUCAUCCAAGGAACAGAAGCCGGGAGAUAUUUGGCUAUGAGCGACGAGGGCUGGUUGUACAGUUCACCCACAGUGACUGAUGAAUGUUACUUCCUGGAGAAGCUGGAGGAGAACCACUACAACACAUAUGCAAGUCAGAAAUAUCAGGAGAGGAACUGGUACGUAGCGCUGAAAAAGAACGGAAGAUCUAAACUGGGUCCAAGAACUCACAUCGGACAGAAGGCCAUCUUCUUUCUGCCCCGACGGCUGAGUGACUCCAGAGAGUGACGACAAGCGGCUCAUCUCACAGUGAUACCUCGAGCUAAAUGGAUGCCAUUUCACCGCCACAAGAAGAAGUUGUGUGAAAAUGGUUCAUGAGGCACUGCAAAGUCUUUGUAAAAUGUUAAUCUAAUGCAUACUUAUUAGGGCAAGGACCAGCAUGCAUCAGAGCUACAGAGAAGUGCCAUGUUUCUGUCCACUAACACAGCAUCCCGUUUCAGUUGGAAGCAGGUCUUCUUGCUGCACGGAAGAAAAAGUGCCGACAAGUAAACGGCAUCUGAAAUAGUGGUUCUCAGACUGAGGGGCAUGUUGGAUGAGAAGAAAAAAUAUGUAUUCUUAAUAUAUAUUCUGUUAUUAUAAUGCAAUGUACCGUUAAAGAGACAUAAAAGCUGUCACUCUGUUGCCUCGCCAAUAAAUUAGCUCCACAAUGCUGACCUGUAAAUAAUAUAAUCGUGUGUGUGUGUGUGUGUAAUACAAUAGAGACAACUCAGAAACGACGCAUUAAAAGUGACAUUUAUUUAACACUAAACAUUGUCUGUACAGUUUAAUAACAACAAAACCUCAAGGUUGCAGCUCUACAUCACAUAGAAAUAAGCAUGAUGGGUGUUUUAUCAAAGCCAUGGCAGCAGAAUGAAGUUAACAGACUAAAACCCACAUGAACUCCUUCCAUUGAUGGGUGGUUAGAUCAUGAACGACUGUCUCAUCCUGUCGUGCUGUUUCCUCCAGAAUACAAAACAGAAGCCACUGCGUCAGUCAUUCCGUGUUGUAUGUCUGUGACUUCGACCAAUGAUGGGAACAUCCUCUGGGUUUUAUUAGCUAUGUUUCUAAAAGUGCACCUGCAUACAACAUUCUUUGAUAUAGUUUUAAUACCCACAAGAUAGCAAACAACUUACACCGUAUUAAUCAUGUUCAAAGAAAGGAAAAACAUUUCUCUUUCCCGUCUGUCCAUUAAAUCUCACGGCAAAAACCUACCUGAAAAAAUGGAAUUUGAGUUAAUUUUCAGCUUUUAGAUAAUUUGAUCCAAACGUCUGAGCGAGAUCAACAGCAGAAACCCAGACAGCCUUUUUUUUUUUUUUUUGUAUUUUUAAUCAGGUCACAGAGCUUUUCCACUGACAAUGAAUGAGAUGCCGACUCGCUGAAGAGCCAUGGAAAGGUCAGGCUGUUACAUCUACAUGAGCUUUCUGAGGACACGAACCAGAAAAUGUGCUCACACGCCCAGAAAAAUCCUCUGCUGUCCAAACACACGGUCGACCCUUAAGGCUGCAGGGUUCGUCCCGUUACCGUUUAGUCAUCUGGUUUCAUUAUGAAAAGCUCACGCUGGAUCAUAUCUGUAACCUAAAUUACAUUUCCCAGGGUUGGUAGUUUACCUGAUUUAAUGUACAACUAAAUAUCUAACAGGCAAAUCAUAACCAAUACAUGAUGUACAUUUUAAUGUGCUCUACUGACACCGUGUUUCAAUCACAAGCAUGUGUGUUUUAAUAUGACCGUGCCCUUAAUGGGCAGUUUCUCACACGUUAAAAGCAGCAAACAACACUGCCCCCUCUUGGUUAAAAAGAAAAGGGCAACACUACUUAAAGCCAACAGGUGAGUGAAAUAACAGCAUUUACAGCCCAAUGAAGUCUUUGCUUUUUAAGUGUAUGUGGGAUCUAAAUACAGCCAAUAGUCGUCACAAUAAAACUAUGAUUAGUGCAGAUUACAAAGUGUGUUGCAUGCUGUGGCAAACCUACCUGUUGUGUUGACCUGUUGGCUUCAAGUGUCACCAACAUGAGACGCUCCCUAUUUAUCGACCUUAAGGGCUGAUGCAUGCUCGUACGCUGCCAUCAAAUGAUAUAAGGCGUUACUUACACAAUAUAGACAGAGACGUAAAUAGCACUUAACAUUCGCCACGAAUGAGUACAUCAAGGGAAUAUUACCGUUAACCAUUUUCCAUUAAUAAAGUUUCAAAACAAAAAAUAAAAGAAGUGAUAUAAUUCCUGAAUAUCUCAUCGAGAGUCGUCUUCGUCUACAAGUGGUCCGGCUGACUUCACUCUCCACAGAGCUGCUGCUCAGGUUGGUCA